AGUUUAAACUGGAAUUGUGUUCUACUCAUCUAUAAAAAUAAAACGAAAGAUUUCCAAACACGCCAAAAAAAAUAUACUCUGAAACAAUUUCGUGUACGAACAACUUAAAAGAUCGAACAAUUUUCGCGUAAAAAGACAUUAGUCAGCUGAUAUGGGAAAAUCAAAAUCAAAAUCCUCACGCAACAUAACAAACAUAACUCAGCAAGAACGUCACGUUUACUGGAUGUUGACUUGUCCCGAUCCAACUCCACUUGCAUUUUUUCGAUUUAUAUUUCCAACUCAUCGAAUUAAAGCGUCUGAAAAAUAUAAGAAGGCGCUCAACCUUGCUUUGAAAGAAACCGAUGCCGAGGAUUUGCGAAAUAAAUUCGAAGAAAUGAAAAAAUUGGUGAAUGAGGCAAGAAUUUUAGAAGACUGGGAAACAUGGAUGCAACAAAGAACAGCGUCUUCACGAGGAAAUAAAUACGUUGGCAUUAAACAAGGAUGGAUCAUCAGCAAAAAACACGAAUUCUAAUCCAGAUCCAGAUGCGAGUGAAGAAGAUCAGGAGGAGAAAGAAAAGGAAGAAGAGGAGUUUGUAGAUGAAAUCGAUGAAUUUAUUAAGGAC